CAGCGCUGCACCAUGACUCCCCACUGGACUUAAACUUUUAAGGAUUUCCAUCUUUACGCACUACACUGACGUCCACCUCUGUGUUGACCGAGAGAGAGAAACAAAGUUUGCCAAAGUUGUCCACUUGUUUUUUUCAAGAUGCCACGCUCCUUUCUGGUCAAGAAACACAUUAACUCCGCAAGGAAGCCAAACUAUAGUGAGUUGGAAAGCACAACAGUGUUCUUCACGCCGCACAUCUACAAGGGCCUGCCCCUGCCUGUCAUCCCCCAGCCGGAGAUCCUGAGCCCGGCAGCCUACAGCCCCAUCACCGUGUGGACUACCAGCAGCCUGCCGCUGUCCCCGCUCCCCAGUGACCUCUCCCCCAUCUCCGGAUACCCCUCGUCUCUCUCCGACGCCUCGUCCAAAGACCUCAGCGGCUCCGAGAGCCCGAGGAGCGAUGAGGACGAGCAGAUGCUGCCCAAGCUGACGGACCCGCACGGCGUGGAGGCGGAGAAGUUCCAGUGUGUUCUGUGCAGCAAGUCCUACUCCACGUACUCUGGACUGCUCAAACACAAGCAGCUACACUGCGACGCCCAAACGAGGAAAUCCUUCAGCUGCAAAUACUGCGAGAAGGAGUACGUCAGCCUCGGAGCUCUCAAAAUGCACAUCAGGACUCACACUUUGCCUUGUGUUUGCAAAAUAUGCGGGAAGGCGUUCUCCAGACCGUGGCUGCUCCAAGGACACAUCAGGACGCACACCGGAGAGAAGCCGUUCUCCUGCCCUCACUGCAACAGGGCGUUUGCGGACAGGUCCAAUCUCAGGGCGCACCUACAGACCCAUUCAGAUGUGAAGAAAUACCAGUGCAAGAACUGCUCCAAAACCUUCUCCAGGAUGUCUCUUCUGCACAAGCAUGAGGAAUCUGGUUGUUGUGUAGCACACUGAACUGGGAUACGUUUCCACCACCAGAGGAAAAAAACUUCUCUGUUGCUUCUCUUUCCCCCCCCCCAAGCCCAAGUGGAGAACUGUCAGGAAAUCACACCCAGGGGGUGCGUUCCCUAAUGUGCAGACUUUUAUUUCUCCCCACGAAAGGUCGAUUUCAUUUCAGAGUGAGAAGCAGCUCAGUGCUCACGUGCUUCUCGUUUCAAGCAGUGUUUCUAUGAUUGCAAUCAGUGUCGAGCUUUGUCAAACAUGUACUCACCUACCUGUGCUACUCAUGCACUUUCCUGCAUGUUUAGAGUGUGUUAUAUGCCUUCUCAAUGUUAUCGUCAGUGUUUGUACCAAUGUCUCUCAAUGGCUGUUACACAGUCCUCCACUUGUUUUUUAUACAAACUAUACCAAAAGGUGCAUUAUGAAAGACAGUAUACAUAUGACCUGAGGAAUACGGAAGCCAUGGUUACUUAGGGAACAAGUGCAAACUUAGUUUUUAGGGCGAAAUCUUUCAAACGUUUGCACAGUCAGUAGAAGCAGGUUUGCCAGCACUCAAAUAGCAACACGAUUAAUUCUCAAGUGCCUCAGUUUUACAGGUUUUUGGCAAUAAUAUGUAUUUUUUAUUUUAUAUUUUUAUAUCCUGAAUGUAAGCUUG